AGAGCGAGAGAGAGACUCCUCUUGUGCCGUCCAGUUCUCGUGCGCUCCUCUGUACCUGCUUUGGAAAUCUCUUGACUUCACGCGCUCCAAUCUCACUUGUAUUGUUUUUGGAGAUGGCUCUUCCUCAGUACUCCGCUUUUGGUGCUUUUGGUGAUUUUAACGACUCGGUCUCCACAACUCCUUUCAAUGUUUCGUUCACCGAGGAUCCGCUGCGUUUGCCCUCAAACAGCAACGAGACCAACCAGGCUGCAGCCAGAGACACUACCAGUCUCAUCAUCGCAGUCUGCAUCACCGCGCUCUACUCUCUCAUCUGUGUGGUGGGACUGCUGGGAAACGUGCUGGUGAUGUACGGGGUGGUCAGGUACACCAAGAUGAAGACUGCCACCAAUAUCUACAUCUUCAACCUGGCUCUUGCAGACGCUCUUGCCACCAGCACCCUCCCCUUCCAGAGCGCCAAGUACCUGAUGGGCACAUGGCCAUUUGGGGAGGUUUUAUGUAAAGUGGUCAUCGCCAUUGACUACUACAACAUGUUCACCAGCAUCUUCACGCUCACUAUGAUGAGCGUGGACCGCUACAUCGCCGUUUGUCAUCCGGUGAGAGCCUUGGACUUCCGCACGCCCGCCAAAGCCAAGCUCAUCAACGUCUGCAUCUGGAUCCUCUCCUCUGCUGUCGGAGUCCCUGUGAUGAUCAUGGCUGUUACCAAGGUGACAGUUAAAGGAAACACUGCCUGCGAACUUAGAUUCCCCAAACCUGAGUGGUACUGGGACACAGUGAUGAAAAUCUGCGUGUUCAUCUUUGCCUUCGUGGGUCCCGUCCUGGUCAUCACCAUCUGCUACGGUCUGAUGAUCCUGCGGCUCAAGAGUGUCCGUCUGCUCUCCGGCUCCAAAGAGAAGGACAGGAACAUGCGACGGAUCACCCGCAUGGUCCUGGUGGUCGUGGCGGCCUUCAUCGUCUGCUGGACUCCCAUCCACAUCUUCAUCAUUGUCAAGACCAUGGUGGAUAUUGACCGCAAGAACCUCCUGGUUGUGGCCUGCUGGCAUCUGUGCAUCGCGCUGGGCUACACCAACAGCAGUCUCAACCCGGUGCUGUACGCCUUCUUGGAUGAGAACUUCAAAAGGUGCUUCAGGGAUUUCUGCGUGCCCUAUCGCUCCCGCCAGGACCAGAACAGCUUCUCCAGGGCACGCAAUAGCACAAGGGAGCCUGUGUCUGUUUGUGCUGCUGCGACGACACAGAGACCGCCGGCCUGACUAGGCAUGGAUCAGUUGGGGGGAAGAACAGUUCAGGAUGACCUCCAGACUGAGGUCACACAGUUCUCUACCACUGGAGUCUGAGUCCACAGAUGUAGGCUUUUGGCCUGCCAAAUAUGUAAAUUAUCAAUUGUGUUUUCGGUCUCAUACAAUGAAACUUGUGAGACACAAUUCUCUAAGGAUUGUCGUUCACGAUGAUCACAACCAUGCCUGCGUGUGCCUGGGCAUGAAGAAACGGAUAUAAUUGUACAUCCUUGGAGUGUGCAUAAAGCACAUGCAACCAUAUGAACAAACACAUAUACAGUGCAGUCAUAAAGUAUUGGGAUAGUGGUAUGCUUUUCAUUGUUUUGACUUUGCAUAAUAAGAAAUAGGAGGUCAAUGUGCUGACUAAGCAUUAAGGGCGUUUGUCGGUCUUCACAUCCAUAUUAGGUGAACAAUGUAGGACUGUGUGUUUACACAGAUCCACAGUUCCACAAUGCUCAGAUUGUCAGGCAUGACAAUGAUCCUAAAUAAACAGACAAGGCCACCAAGAGGAGUCUUUUUAUGGCUAAACAGUGGUUACAGUAUGAUUGGCCGAGCCAGUCACGUGAUGUAAA